AUGUCCUUCCUCUCCAUCCUAACCUACUUCAUCGGGGGUUACACCACCCUCGUUCUCGCCUUAUACAUGCUCUCUUCCGUCCUGCCCGUAGCGGGCUUCGCAGCCCGAACCCUCGCCGCCUACAUCUCCCUAAUAAUAUGCGCCAUCUACGGAGCCGUAGCAUCUAUAAUAUUAAGAAUACUUGGUCGCGAACAGAUUGCGCAAUGGACUACCGCACGUGCUUUUAAAUAUAUAAUGGCCGCCACCACCGGUGUCACUUUCGAGGUCAUCGACCCGAACCGAUACCUCGAGACAGUACGGCCGGCCGUUUUCAUCGGGAACCAUCAAACUGAGUUAGAUGUCCUCAUGCUCGGGUGCAUGUUCCCUAAAUACUGCAGCGUGACGGCGAAGAAGGCGUUGAAGAACGUGCCGUUCCUAGGAUGGUUCAUGUCGUUAAGCGGCACUAUCUUCAUUGAUAGGAAGAACUCGAAAGACGCAAGAGGCGCGAUGGCUGGUGCCGCCAAGGAGAUCCAGGAGCGAAAACAGAGCGUCUACAUGUUCCCCGAAGGCACUCGUAGUUACUCGAAAGAACCUGACCUCUUACCCUUCAAGAAGGGAGCUUUUCAUCUGGCCGUCCAAGCUGGCGUGCCAAUUGUUCCGGUGGUGGUGGCCAACUACUCGCACGUGCUCUACAUUAAGGGCCUGACAUUUAAGUCGGGGAAGAUCCCUAUGAAAGUCCUUGACCCUAUUUCUACCGUCGGACUGAAAUCUGAGGAUGUUGACGAGCUUACUCGUAGUACUCGAGAGCUCAUGCUCAAGGAGAUGGUAGCGUUGACCCAGAAGGUUCGAAAUAAGCCUAUUGAGGUCCCUGCCACAAGCGGUGAUGGUGUCGUCCGAGCUAGUGGAGCUGAGGCAACAUUAUCGUGA